AUGCGCUGGCCGGGCGCGCCGUUCUUGUAUGACAACAAGGGGCUGCUGCAUAUCCAGGAAUAUCCCAUUUUCGAGUGCAAUGAGUUUUGCGGAUGCGACGAUGACUGUCCGAACCGCGUGGUGCAAUCUGGUCGAAAACACAUUGUCAACAUUGUUCGCACUGAGAACAAAGGCUGGGGUGUACGCAUUCCCAAGGGAGCAUUCAUCGGCAUUUAUGCUGGUGAACUAUUGACAAGUGCCGAGUGUGAAGAGCGGGGAACGAUUUACGACGAGAAUGGUCGAACAUACCUUUUUGAUGUCGAUUUCUGGUAUAUUGAUCGGUCAGAGCAUGAUUACACUGUGGAUGCAUUCCAUGCUGGCAAUGUAAGUCUUCUAUCCGAACCAAAAUCAAUAAACAAUCACAGCUGUGAUCCUAACUGUAACAUCACCCCAUGCUAUAUCAAUGAGGGAAACCUCCAGAAACCUUUAUUGGUGCUAUUCACAAACAGGGAGGUGGAAGCUUAUGAAGAGCUCUGCUUUUCGUACCUGGGCGAUAUAGAGGAGUACAAGAAAGACCACGCAGAAGAGCUGGAUGAGCCUGGGAAUGUGAGUUAG